AUGUUGGCCGAUCCAGCUACAUUACAGGACCUCGACCUCGAGGACGAGCAGUACGACUCCGCCGAUGACGAAGACUUCCAAGUAGACGCGGCCCGAGACGACGAUGGCCUCACCGGUUCCGAUAGCGACGAGGAGGCCACAGAACCCGCGGCCAAAAAGCGCAAGACGGGAAAGAAGGCACCGGAGCAGGAAGACAACGGUCUCGACUCGGGCGACGAAGUGACGAUUCAAAAGGCCAAGGCAAAGAAGGCGAAGAAGCAGAAAGGAAAAGAUGAUGAGGAUGAUGUCGAUUUUGACGACGAUGAGGGUGGCCCUGGCGGCUUCGUUCGGACACGAGCCAUGAAGAUGCGAACCCAGGAAGAGCGGAAGCCUCUCGCGAAGAUCGAUGGAGCAACUGUCGACGUGGAUGCGCUGUGGGAGAAGAUGAAUGCCCCUGAUACGACCCCGGGUCUCCCCCCCUUGCAGGCAGAGAAGCAGAACGAUACCCCGGUCGAAGAGAACAAAGACGCGGAGAUGCGUGAUGGCGAAACCCCCGUCACUGAGGAAAAGCGACAAGCGAGUCAAUACUCGGAGGAGAUGGUGAAGAUCAAGCGUACUUACAAAUUUGCGGGCGAAUGGAUUACGGAAGAAAAGAUCGUUCCUAAAGAUUCAGCGGAGGCCAAGCUUUAUAUGGCCAACGAAAAGGAAGUCGAAACAGUGACCGCCGCCGAGAACGCCGCAGGUUCUAAAGAAGCUAUCAAAAUCCGCAGACCCCUUCGAAAGGUCUCCCGCUUUGACCCGAACCCAACUGGAUCUAUCAAAAAGAGCUGGGAGAAGCAGCCUGUCGCGGAAACUACAGGAGAAGAGAAUGCUCGUGGUCCCAAGAUCAACACCGUCGAGAAGUCGCGCUUGGAUUGGGCUGCGUACGUCGAUCAAGCCGGCAUCAAGGACGAGCUCAGAACCCACAGCAAGGCCAAGGAGGGUUUCCUUGGUCGUAUGGAUUUCUUGGAUCGUGUUGGUGCCAAGCAAGAGGAAGAGAGAAGAAACGCGCGUUUGAAGGGCUUGUAA